CCCCUCUGCUCUCGUCUGACCCCCUCCUCUCCACUUGCGCUCUUCCCCGCUGGCCCCGGGUCCGCCCUCCCCGCCCCCGGCCCCGGCGUCGCCCCGCCGUCCCCGGGUCUCGCCCGCUCCCCGCCGGCACCAUGCCCGCGGCGGCCCUGCCCUCCGUCCUCUCCCAGGCCCGGCCCCUCCGCGGGGCCCUCCCCGGCUGGGCCCACAGUUCCCGGGCCUCCGCCCCCUCCCGGCGGCGGCGGCGGCGGCGGCGGCGGCGGCGGCGCGCAGGCGCGCGGGGCGGGCGCGGGCGGAAUGGGGACUGCAGCGGCGGCGGCGGCGGCCGGGGAGGGGGCGCGCAGCCCGAGCCCCGCUGCGGUGUCGCUCGGCCUGGGCGUGGCCGUAGUGUCGAGCCUGGUGAACGGGUCCACGUUUGUGCUGCAAAAGAAGGGCAUCGUGCGCGCCAAGCGGCGAGCCGCACAGCCCCACGACCUGGCCUCAGUCUGGAGCCCGGGCAUCCCUGCCACCCGCGCCCACUCGCAGCUUGGCACCUGCCUGUUUACAGUAUCCCCGAAAUGUUCGGAGCCCAGUGCCUGCUCGGUAGGACUGGUCCCCCGCCUUUGCUGUGGCCAAGUCUCGGGAUCGCAAGACCUGCUGGUUUCCGUGCCCCGCAGUGGCCACGCCAGUGCAGAGGGGAGAACUGUGCCCUGGGCGGCCAGGGCACAGCGAGAGGCACCUCCUAUUUAACAGACAUCGUGUGGUGGGCAGGCACAAUCGCAAUGGCUGUUGGCCAGAUUGGAAACUUCCUGGCUUACACGGCGGUCCCCACAGUCCUGGUGACUCCACUGGGUGCCCUCGGAGUGCCAUUUGGGUCCAUUUUAGCCUCUUAUCUUCUGAAGGAAAAGCUCAACAUCUUGGGCAAGUUGGGGUGUCUGCUAAGCUGUGCAGGUUCUGUUGUGCUGAUUAUCCACUCCCCGAAAUCAGAGAGUGUGACCACUCAGGCUGAGCUGGAGGAGAAGCUGACCAACCCAGUGUUUGUGGGCUAUCUGUGCAUCGUGCUCCUCAUGCUGCUGUUGCUCAUCUUCUGGAUCGCGCCAGCCCAUGGGCCCACCAACAUCAUGGUCUACAUCAGCAUCUGCUCCUUGCUGGGGAGUUUCACCGUGCCUUCCACCAAGGGCAUCGGGCUGGCCGCCCAAGACAUCUUCCACAACAACCCGUCCAGCCAGCGGGCCCUCGGCCUGUGCCUGGUGCUCCUGGCUGUGCUUGGCUGCAGCAUCAUCAUCCAGUUCAGGUACAUCAACAAGGCGCUGGAGUGUUUCGACUCCUCUGUUUUUGGGGCCAUCUACUACGUCGUGUUCACUACACUGGUCCUGCUGGCCUCUGCCAUCCUCUUCCGGGAGUGGAGCAACGUGGGCCUGGUGGACUUCUUGGGGAUGGCCUGUGGGUUCACAACCGUUUCCGUUGGGAUUGUCCUUAUACAGGUGUUCAAAGAGUUCAAUUUCAACCUUGGAGAGAUGAACAAAUCUAAUAUGAAAACAGACUAGAAUGUAACAAGGGAUUGGGUGGCUCAACGAGCAGGAAGUGGCUGUGGUUUCUGGCCCUAGUUUGAUGUGAGGUGGAAGAGACUCUAAAUCCCUGGUAGAAAAUUGCUUGUACAUUAAUGGUGGUCUGGUGGAUAGUGGGGAGGGAGCACUGCUCAGCAGCAGGUGUGGGCCAAGCCCUCUGCAGUCUGAAGUUGCUAAGUGGUUGCCUGGGCAUCUCUCUCAUGAGAGAAUUCUCAUGCUUAUUGUUAUUAACCUGGAAGCUUUCAUGAACACUCUUUCCUUUUAAAACAUUUUAACAUUAUUUAAAUAGGAAAUAAAGAUGGGCUUUUUCUGGUUAGUCUUUGCAGGGGAGCAGAUAUUCUUACUUAGAUGAGUACAUUAAAUGGGAGAAACUAUUGUCUUGAAAUCUGACUAUACAGUAAGUGUGUCUAUUGUUAUUUUGCAUUAAGCAUGUAUAACAUUCAGGUGCCCAUCCAAAGAAGAGGUAUAUACAUUCACUUGUCUUUAACCCUCUAAUGGGCUGACUCUCCCACCUUCCACUCCAAGAAAUUUUAGCUGCAAAUGGAGAGAAAACAGUGAAUGGACAUGAUGUGGUGUUCCAUCUACAGGAUGACUUUCAGUAGCUCAGAUCAGUUUCAGUGCCUUUAUCACUUGAACUAUUUGCUUAAUUUAACUUUUGCUGUGCAUAUUUCUCUUAGAUUAGAAUAAUGCAAUCUCCUUGAUACUUUAAUACUUCACUAUUCAAAAUGUAAAUGUGUAAAGCAGUUAGAAAUAAUAUAUGCAUUUGUUGGAAGAGGGUGAAGACACAUUAGAGCAAACUGGCCCUGUUAGCACAUAGUUAUUGUCCAAUUAAAGACAACUGACCUAAGUAACAUGAGGUAUUUUAUUUGCAUUCAAUCUAUGUAACUGGGAUCCAGUAUCAAAUAUAUCCAUGUUCUCUUUCAGUGAGCAUUGUGGCCACCCAGAAGAAAUAAAUUAUUUAAUGUGCUAAUAAAGCUGUUAAUGAGAAAGUAAUUGUUCAAUAGCACAUAUAUUGAGUUCCCUUUAAUAUGGGAACAAGUUGAAGGAUGCAAGAUUAGGGUAGUUUCUACAAAUUGGAACACACAUGGUAAGUUUUCAAAAGAAUCUCUAGCAAAAAUGACAACAAUCAAUUUAGCCAUCUCCCUGCUGCUUGAGAUGAUAGAGCACCCAACCUCUCUUUAAACUUCUGAAAUGCAAAAUAGUCACUAUUUAUGCCAGUAUUUGGAUCAAAGAAAUCAUUUGUCUGUCUACAGUAACCUUCCAUGUGUAUUAAAUGGAACAAAGCACAAAGUGAUGUAAAUAUUUCAUCACGAUAUCAUGUACUUCAUGUUCAGUGUUUUAUCUAAAUAGGGAACUGUGCCAAGUUACAAGAAGGGACUGGGUAAGGUAGAUUUGGUGACGUAGAACAGGAAAUUUAAUAAUGUCCAAUUAAAGUUACUCAGUGAGGGAGAAAAUAUGUUUUUUUCAGGCAAAGACAACAUU